UUUUUUACCCCAUUUUUCUUUUCUAUAUCUUCGCAUUUCGCAUCCCUCUUCAUCUUUUCAAAACGAAGAAAAGCAACACAAACCGCUUUUUCGUUCGAAUCACACUAAUCAGAGACCAGAUUCUGCUCAUUUUCAACUCCGAACCAUACCUCUAGGGUUUAUCAGUAGAUUGUCUAGUGCCUACUGAUUUGAUGCUAUAGAGCGAGCUGAAUUGGAUCCACUUGAUUCAAGAGCCGUUUCCCGUCUUUCUUAUCAACUUGUUAUCAUUUCAUGCUGUUAUGAACGUCUAAGUUCCAUAGAAAUAUGUCUCGAGUUGAGGAACUUUGGGAGCGGUUAGUACGUGCUGCAUUAAGGAGGGGGAGAAUUGGUGAUGAUGCAUAUGGGCGACCUGUUGGCGGAAUUGCUGGGAAUGUGCCAUCCGCUCUUGCAAAAAACAGGGAUAUUGAUGAAAUUCUUCGAGUUGCAGAUGAAAUUCAAGAUGAUGAUCCCAAUGUCUCUAGAAUUUUAUGUGAGCAUGCAUACUCAUUGUCACAAAACUUGGACCCUAACAGUGAGGGACGGGGUGUUUUACAAUUUAAGACCGGUUUGAUGUCUGUCAUUAAGCAAAAGCUGGCUAAACGAGAAGUUGGAACCAUAGAUAGAAGUCGGGAUGUUGCUCGAUUACAAGAGUUCUAUAAGCUUUAUAGAGAGAAGAAUAAUGUAGAGAAAUUGCACGAGGAAGAGAUGAAGUUGAGGGAAUCUGGUGCUUUCAGCCGGGAUCUUGGCGAGUUGGAGCGCAAGACUGUGAAGAGGAAACGGGUUUUUGCUACCUUAAAGGUUCUGGGGACAGUACUUGAGCAGCUAACCCAAGAAAUUCCAGAUGAGCUCAAGCGGGUCAUGGAAUCAGAUUCUGCGUUAACGGAGGACUUGAUAGCUUACAACAUCAUUCCCUUAGAUGCUGCAUCUUCAACAAAUGCUAUUGUUUCUUUCCCUGAGGUUCAAGCAGCAGUGUCAGCCUUAAGAUAUUUUUCUGGCUUGCCAGAGUUGCCUAGGGAAGCCUUCACUUCUUCUACAAGGAAUGCUGACAUGCUUGACUUUUUGCAGUAUACUUUUGGAUUUCAGAAAGAUAAUGUAUCUAAUCAGCGCGAGCACAUAGUCCACCUUCUCGCGAAUGAGCAAUCUCGGCUUCGAAUUCCAGAUGCAACUGAUCCUAGAUUGGAUGAAGCAGCUGUGCGGCAAGUUUUCCUUAAGUCCCUUGAUAAUUAUAUAAAGUGGUGUGACUACUUAUGUAUUCAGCCAGUUUGGAGCAAUUUGGAAGCUGUUAAUAAGGAGAAGAUAUUGCUAUAUCUUUCUUUAUACUUUUUAAUAUGGGGUGAAGCUGCCAAUAUCAGGUUUCUUCCAGAAUGUUUGUGCUACAUAUUCCAUCAUAUGGUUAGAGAGAUGGAUGAGAUAUUAAGACAACAUGUCGCCCAGCCAGCUAAGAGUUGCACCUCUGAGAAUGGUGUCUCAUUUCUUGAUAAAGUUAUCUUUCCUCUUUAUGACGUUGUUAAUGCAGAAGCUGGUAACAAUGAUAAUGGGAAGGCACCUCAUUCAUCCUGGAGAAAUUAUGAUGAUUUUAACGAGUACUUCUGGUCACUUCAUUGCUUUGAGCUUAGUUGGCCUUGGCGCACAAGCUCUUCAUUUUUCCAAAAGCCACUGCCUAAAUCAAAGAAAAUGCUUAUAUCUGGUGGAAGUCAGCAUCGAGGGAAAACAUCUUUUGUGGAGCAUCGAACCUUUUUUCAUCUCUAUCACAGCUUCCACCGUUUGUGGAUAUUUCUUUUCAUGAUGUUUCAGGGUCUAACCGUUCUUGCCUUCAAUGAUGAAAAUCUUAAUUCGAAGACUUUACGAGAGGUUCUUAGUCUUGGACCAACAUUUGUUGUGAUGAAGUUUCUAGAGAGUGUUCUGGAUGUUUUGAUGAUGUAUGGUGCAUAUUCAACAACAAGGGGUCUAGCUGUGUCCCGAAUAUUUCUACGUUUUCUUUGGUUCAGCCUUGCUUCAGUUUUCAUUACCUUCCUUUAUGUUAAAGCACUCAUGGAAGAGAAUAAAAGAAAUGGAAAUUCAGCUUUUUACAAAUUGUAUGUGUUUGUCAUUGGGAUUUAUGCCGGUAUCCAAUUUUUCAUUGGUUUUCUCAUGCGGAUACCUGCAAUGCAUCAGCUUACAAAUCAAUGCGACCGUUGGUCUGUAAUUCGCUUUGUGAAAUGGAUGCGCCAGGAACGCCAUUAUGUUGGGCGAGGAAUGUAUGAAAGGACUACAGAUUUCAUAAAGUAUCUGCUAUUUUGGCUUAUUAUUUUGAGUGGAAAGUUCUCGUUCGCAUACUUUCUCCAGAUCAAGCCCCUGGUGAAGCCAACAAGGGAGAUAAUAAAACAGGAUAAUAUAGAAUACUCCUGGCAUGAUUUUGUCUCUAAAAAUAAUCAUAAUGCAUUGACAGUUGCUAGCUUAUGGGCUCCGGUGUUUGCUAUCUAUCUAUUAGAUCUUCAAGUUUUUUACACACUUGUAUCUGCUAUCUGGGGAUUCUUGCUUGGGGCAAGAGAUCGUCUAGGAGAGAUUAGGUCACUUGAAGCACUACACAAACUUUUUGAGCAGUUGUCCGAUACAUUUCUCGAUCAUUUACAUAUUUUCAGGGGCUCCCGCCAGUCAACUUCUCAGGCUGUGGAGAAGCAAAAGUUUGAUGCUGCUCGGUUUUCGCCAUUUUGGAAUGAGAUCAUAACAAAUCUAAGGGAGGAAGAUUAUAUAACUGACUUUGAAAUGGAGUUGCUUUUAAUGCCUAGAAACUCCGGGGAUCUUCCUUUGGUUCAGUGGCCACUUUUCCUACUUGCAAGCAAGAUAUUUUUGGCCAAGGAUAUUGCUACUGAGAAUAGAGACACUCAGUAUGAGCUUUGGGAUAGGAUUUCAAGAGAUGACUAUAUGAAAUAUGCUGUUCAGGAGUGUUACUAUGCUAUUAAACUCAUUUUAACAGAAAUAUUAGAUGAAGUGGGAAGGAUGUGGGUUAAAAGGAUAUAUGGGGAUAUUAAUGCAAGUAUCGAUAAUGGGAAUAUUCAUGCAGAUUUCCAGUUAAACAAGAUGGCUCUUGUGAUAUCAAGAGUAACUGCUUUGAUGGGGAUUCUGAAAGAGACUGAAACACCUGAACUGGAAAGAGGUGCAGUUAGGGCUGUUCAGGAUCUGUAUGAUGUUGUGCGAUAUGAUGUGCUUCAUAUAAAUCUGAGGGAGAACUAUGAUACAUGGAAUUUGCUGACCAAAGCUAGGGAUGAAGGGCAGUUGUUUGCAAAGUUGAAGUGGCCCAAGAAUACUGACUUAAGAUUGCAAGUCAAACGAUUAUAUUCUCUGUUGACUAUUAAAGAAUCUGCGUCAAGCAUACCCAAAAAUCUUGAAGCCAGACGAAGGCUAGAAUUCUUCACAAAUUCACUUUUUAUGAAGAUGCCUCGUACAAAGCCAGUUCGAGAGAUGUUGUCCUUCAGUGUUUUCACCCCUUAUUAUUCCGAGAUUGUGCUUUAUAGCAUGGCUGAACUCCUAAAGAAAAAUGAAGAUGGCAUAUCAACUCUGUUCUAUCUUCAGAAAAUUUAUCCAGACGAGUGGAAAAACUUUCUAGCCCGAAUUGACCAUGAUGAAAAUGCUCCUGACACAGAGCUUUUUGAUAGUGCUAAUGAUAUCCUUGAAUUGCGUUUUUGGGCUUCAUAUCGUGGACAAACACUGGCCAGAACUGUUCGGGGGAUGAUGUAUUACAGGAAAGCUCUUAUGCUUCAGACAUAUUUGGAGAGGUUAACGGUUGGAGAUUUGGAGGCUCCAGCUAGUUCUGAUGAACUGUCUGAUACACGUGGGUUUGAUUUGUCCCCUGAAGCACGUGCUCAGGCAGAUCUUAAGUUCACUUAUGUUGUGACAUGUCAAAUUUAUGGUAAGCAGAAAGAAGAGCAAAAGCCUGAGGCUGCUGAUGUUGCUUUACUUAUGCAAAGAAAUGAAGCUCUUCGUGUUGCUUUCAUUGACACUGUUGAAACUUUAAGAGAUGGAAAAGUAAACACUGAGUACUACUCAAAGCUGGUGAAAGCUGAUGUCAAUGGGAAAGACAAGGAAAUAUACUCGGUAAAAUUACCUGGGAAUCCCAAAAUUGGAGAAGGGAAGCCUGAGAAUCAAAACCAUGCGAUCAUAUUUACUCGGGGAAAUGCAAUCCAGACAAUUGACAUGAAUCAGGAUAACUACUUUGAGGAGGCUCUAAAAAUGAGGAAUCUACUUGAAGAGUUUCACUCUGAUCACGGACUUCGUCCUCCAACCAUACUUGGUGUUAGGGAGCAUGUAUUUACUGGAAGUGUCUCAUCAUUGGCCUCAUUUAUGUCUAACCAAGAAACCAGUUUUGUGACUUUGGGUCAGCGCGUUUUAGCAAAUCCUUUGAAGGUUCGAAUGCAUUAUGGUCAUCCUGAUGUCUUCGACAGAGUCUUCCACAUAACCCGUGGUGGUAUCAGCAAGGCUUCUCGUGUUAUAAACAUAAGUGAAGAUAUCUAUGCAGGAUUCAAUUCUACCUUGCGUCAAGGAAAUGUUACCCAUCAUGAAUAUAUUCAGGUCGGCAAGGGAAGGGAUGUUGGACUCAAUCAAAUUGCAGUAUUUGAAGGGAAAGUUUCUGGUGGUAAUGGUGAACAAGUUCUCAGUCGGGAUGUGUACAGACUUGGGCAACUUUUCGAUUUCUUCCGGAUGAUGUCCUUCUAUUUUACAACAGUUGGAUACUACUUUUGUACCAUGUUAACUGUGCUGACUGUAUACAUCUUUCUUUAUGGGAAAGCAUAUCUGGCACUAUCUGGUGUUGGCGAAACCAUUGAAGAAAGGGCCAGGAUAAUGAAGAAUGCUGCCCUGACUGCUGCAUUGAAUACACAGUUUCUCUUUCAGAUUGGUGUCUUCACAGCCGUGCCAAUGGUCCUGGGCUUCAUUCUUGAACAAGGCUUCUUGAGGGCUGUUGUCAGUUUUGUCACAAUGCAGUUCCAGCUGUGCUCUGUUUUUUUCACAUUUUCAUUGGGUACCAAAACUCACUAUUUUGGUCGGACCAUUCUCCAUGGUGGUGCUAGGUAUCAAGCAACUGGCCGCGGGUUUGUUGUCCGCCAUAUCAAAUUUUCAGAGAAUUACAGACUUUACUCUCGUAGUCAUUUCGUUAAAGCGCUUGAAGUUGUGCUUCUGUUGAUUGUAUAUCUUGCUUAUGGGUAUAAUAAUGGAGGUGCAGUCUCAUACAUUCUUCUGACUGUAAGCAGUUGGUUUAUGGCUCUGUCCUGGUUAUUUGCUCCCUAUUUAUUCAACCCGUCUGGAUUCGAGUGGCAAAAGGUAGUGGAAGACUUCAGAGAUUGGACAAAUUGGCUGCUUUACAGAGGUGGCAUUGGUGUCAAGGGAGAAGAAAGCUGGGAAGCUUGGUGGGAUGAAGAACUGGCCCAUAUCAAGAGUUUUGGUUCAAGGAUAGCAGAGACCAUCCUGAGUCUAAGAUUUUUCAUCUUCCAGUAUGGCAUUGUGUACAAGCUUAAUGUGCAAGGAUCAGAUACUUCAUUGAGGGUUUAUGGCCUGUCAUGGGUGGUGUUGGCGGUGCUUAUAUUGCUUUUCAAGGUAUUUACGUUCAGUCAGAAGAUAUCAGUCAAUUUCCAGCUUUUGUUACGCUUUAUACAAGGAGUCUCCCUCUUGUUGGCACUGGCUGGUAUAGCCGUUGCGGUUGCAUUGACAAAGUUGUCCAUACCUGACAUAUUUGCUUCGAUAUUGGCAUUUAUUCCCACUGGAUGGGGAAUUCUUUCUAUUGCUGCUGCUUGGAAGCCUGUGAUGAAGAAGCUGGGACUAUGGAAAUCCGUUCGAUCAAUUGCUCGCCUGUAUGAUGCUGGCAUGGGAAUGAUUAUCUUUAUACCCAUUGCAUUCUUUUCAUGGUUCCCAUUUGUAUCAACAUUCCAAACUCGCCUCAUGUUUAACCAAGCCUUUAGCAGAGGUCUAGAAAUUUCCCUUAUCCUUGCCGGGAACAAUCCCAAUACUGGGAUAUAGUUGUACCUGUUCUUGUACUUAGAGCUUAUGUCUUACACCCCCCCAAGAUGAGGAUUGUUGAAGGGAGGUCAUAGUUUGUAUAUUUCCUCGUAGGAUGUUUAGAUUUCCCGUAGGUAUCUUCAUUUUUGUAUCAUCAUUUCUUCUAGUGUAUGUCAUUUAAGUCGUUUGAAGUAUCGUUGAAACAAAUAUCCGCAAAUCUCAGUUUUGACUUUCUUUAUAUUGUGAUAUCCUGGUUGCUUUA